AUGACUAAAGAAAACGAUAAAAAAACCAUGUAUGAUAGUACUGGUAAAUGCCUAAUGAUGAUUUCUCAAAAAGAAUUAAUACUUAUAAAACUAUUUCAAUAUGGACAAGCCAAAAUUAAAAAUAAAAGCUGUUUGGAAGAUGCAGCCGAACAUAUAAAGGUAUUGGACUUGGUACGUGAAGAAUUCCAUUACUUAAAGUUUCUAUUAACUUUUACCAGAGAAAGAGUUCAUGCUUAUGAUAAGAUGAAUAAGGCUGUUCGUAAAUUUGAAGAAAUACCAACAACUACAGCUUAUUUAAAACAAAAAGUCGGAACCCUACUUUAUCUAGAAAAUUUAAAAAAAGAAAAAGAAAACUCUACUGAAGUUGAUACAUGUCCAAUUUGUUGUCUCAAUGGUGAUACCGGGUGGGCAGUUUUUCAAUGUGGCCAUAGUGUGUGUAAUCAGUGUUUAGAUACCAUGUGUAAUCAAUCAAAUGCCUUUGAGAUAGAUUGUCCUAUGUGUAGGAAAACUACCCCAAUAGAUUCUAUAUCCUAUGUAAAAAAUAACCCAGAAGGUGAAGGGUCAAACAUAGUAAUCAAAGGAUCAUUUUCUACUAAAAUAGAAUAUGUCACUUUAAAACUAAUGGAAUUGAUUAGUCAGGAUCCAAAUGUGAAAGUUUUAAUUUUCUCAAAUUGGGAUAAAGCAUUAAAUCUUCUAGGAGAAGCUUUAGAUCAAAAUUCAAUCAGUUAUAGGAUACUAAAAACGGGAACUAAGUAUAAAAAAACACUAAAAGAUUUUAAGGGAUUGAAUUUAACUGAAGCAACAAGAAUAUUUUUCAUGGAGCCAAUAAUUAACAAAAAUGAUGAGCAUCAAGCUAUUGGGACAAUUCAUAGACUAGGACAAACCAAGUAA